AUGGGCGGUGACAGACGACCCAGCCUUUCCAGUAUGGAACAGGCCAGCAAGAAGCCCAAGCUGGAUGUCAUCUCUGGUGUCUACAUCCCGGUCUGUCUCAACAUCUUCAGCAUCUUGAUGUUCCUUCGUUUCGGUUGGAUUCUCGGCCAAGUUGGACUUCUAGGCAUGCUUGGACUGCUGGUAACCGCCUAUCUUGUGGACUUUUUGACAACACUCUCCCUCUCUGCCGUAGCUUCCAAUGGCGAGGUCAAGGGCGGAGGGGCCUAUUACGUGAUCUCAAGAUCUCUAGGCCCCGAGUUUGGCGGUUCCAUCGGCGUGCUCUUCUAUCUUGCCCAAGUCUUCAACACCGCUCUCAACGUUGUUGGUCUGAUCGACUGCAUUAAGCUGAACACGGGAGGAUCAUUCGAUCCGGGGUUUUGGUUGACCUACUUUCUCCAGACCUUAGCUCUGCUGCUCUGCGCUGGGUUGUGUUUGGCGGGAAGCGGCAUUUUUGCCAAGGCCAGCAAUGCACUUCUAGUCAUUCUUACUCUUGCCAUCUUGAGUAUUCCGAUAUCUGCCCUGUUCAAGGCUCCUUUUCGGGACGAUGAGCUUGGCGUGCGAUUCACUGGAUUCAGCCUCGAGACCUUGGUGGACAAUUUUGCUCCUCACACGAAGAGCGAAUCAUAUAAAGGGCUUGAGACUUUCCGAGAGCUUUUUGCCAUCUUGUUUCCUGCCACAUCUGGGAUAUUCGCAGGGGCAUCAAUGUCGGGAGACCUGCGUAAUCCUAGUAAAGACAUCCCGAAAGGGACGCUCUGGGCUAUGAUGACUACGUUCAUCGCGUACCUGGUUGUUGUCUUUUCCAUGGCUGCUACCACAACGCAUGCUUCAUUCCUCAACAACACCAACAUUAUCUCGGUCACUAGCCUUUCCAUGCCGCUUAUUCUUGCUGGAGAGUGUGCAGUCACCUUCUUUUCCGCCGUCAUGGGACUGAUAGGCGCGGCCAAGCUAAUGCAGGCUUUAGCAAGAGACAAGCUCCUUCCAGGUCUCAAACCGUUCAGUCAGGGGACGAAGAGAGCCGAUGAGCCGAUCUUUGCCAUUCUCCUGACUUACGGGCUUGCUCAGGUUUCCAUGCUCGCCAACCUGAAUCAGAUUGCGACUCUCAUUUCAAUGGGUUACCAGAUGACCUUUUUCGUCAUGAACCUGGCUUGCUUCCUUCUGAGGAUUGGAUCAGCCCCGAAUUUCAGACCUGCUUUCAAAUUUUUUAGUUGGCAGACAGCCUUUGCUGGGAGUAUCAUGUCUGCGGCGGCCAUGUUCUUCAUCGACCAGACGUAUGCGGCUACUGCGAUCUGUUUGCUAGUCUUCCUCUUUUCCUUGAUUCACUACCUCAGUCCACCGAAGAGAUGGGGAGAUGUCUCACAAAACCUGAUUUACCAUCAGAUAAUCCUCCUCGUCAACAACCCCCGAAGCCAAACUCGACUUAUCCAAUUCUGCAACUCCAUGAAAAAGGGGGGUCUGUACAUCCUCGGCCAUGUUAUUGUAACCGAUGACUUCAGCAGCGGUGUUCACGAAGCGAGGCUCCAGCAGGCGGCUUGGACCAAGUACAUUUCGGAGUUCUCGAGAAUCAAAGCGUUCGUGCAACUGACCAUGUCUCCAACCAUCAAUUGGGGCAUUCGAAAUCUGAUUCUCUCGGCUGGUCUUGGCGGCAUGCGGCCCAAUAUUGCGGUUAUUGGCUUCUACAACAUGGAUGAGCUCAGAGAUUCGCGCCCUUCACUGGCAGUGCCCGAACCUCCGAGCUCAAACCUUUCGGCAACUCCACGCCUGCUUGAAGGCACACUUCCUACUGAUGUAAUCAAGACUGAAGGGAUGAUGAGCGUUACAAGCUAUAUGACCAUGCUGGAGGACUUGGCUUUGAGACACAAGCUCAAUGUCGCCAUCGGCAAGGGUUUCGAGAAGCUUGAAACGCCGCGAAAGGACAAGGCCAACACGAAGAAGUACAUUGAUCUAUGGCCAAUACAAAUGUCGGCAGAGGUAUUGUCAGACGGGAAAAGCGUCUUGACGACGAAUUUUGAUACAUACACUUUGAUACUCCAACUUGGCUACAUUCUCCACAGCGUUCCUGCUUGGAGCAGGGUGUAUGACGUUCGCAUCAUGGUCUUUGUGGAAUAUGAAAGCGAGCUGGAGGAAGAGAGGGCACGAGUCAAGGCUCUGCUGGACAAGCUCAGGAUCGAGGCCGAGGUCAGAGUAUUCUGGCUGGCUUCGGGGCAUUUGAACACGUACGAGCUCAUCAUCAACGGGUCCACCAACAAUCUCGAGUCCCAAAUAUUAGUUCACGACGUGUUGAAAGAUCAAGAGUGGUGGGAUGACUUACAGAGGUUGCGGGGACGGGCUCCGAACCUGGACUCAACCGACGAGCUAACCUCCUUCGCCAACAUCAUCGAGUCGACAGCAGGUCGCCCUGGUGUCUUCAAUCCGCAUGUCCCUCUCGAAGACAUUGAAAGUGGGCGGCGGCCAAGCAUGGUACAUUUCGGCGAAAUACCGAAAAGGCCUACCGUGUCGAAUCUCUCCCGACUUGGCGUCAGCGUUGGAAUUCACACGUCUCACCUGGGAGAUGAGGUCUUCGAGGAUGACUCCAACUCAGAGGGCGAACUCAGCGAACAAGAACAACAGCCAUCCUGCUUGGACUCGGACUCCGAAUUCGAGCAUGGAGACAGCGAGUACAGCGAGGACGAGACUGCUGAAGUUGAAGCGCCAAGGAGACCCUUACUCCAGGGGAAGGGACGUGGACGAAGCCAGAGUGACGACUUACUCACCACACCUUCUAGGAGACGAGGUGCCAAUCAACCCACCAAGAACGCAGCACCAAGUACUAGUUAUGGUACCAUGGUUGCACAAGCUCGGAUUGAGGGACAGUCGCAGACUAGCCACGCGGUCGCCGACAAUGUGUCAGCGCCUCCAACGCCGCUUGAGAGACCCGGGUUAGACCGCAACAUGACGGCGCGCUCUUUGGGCGGGUUUCGGCCGACAAGUGGCAUUCCUCAGGCCGAUUUGCCCCCGACGAGCGUCUCUGGAUCCGCAACACCUGCUCGGCCGGCUCUAUCUCGACAAUCUUCCGCACUGCGAUUUUCCAGCCGACCGGUGCCAGAAACCCGAACCGACGUUGAGGGAACGUCCGGGCCAACCAUCAUGUUCGCGGAUACCACGGAAGAAGAGACACCGCGAGCGGAAAGGCCGGCUUUCUCAAGGCAGUCCUCGACGGGACGUUUCUCCAGCCGUCCCGUCCCAGAGAUGAGAGUUACAGCCGCUGAUGAUUUCGAUCCUCCCACAGCUUUUCUAGAGCCGAGAUCUCGCAAAGAUUCAGUGGCUUCCACGGAUCCGGGAGAUGCUCACAUGAACAUGGCCGAGCUCGUAGAACGCUACAGACUAGACUCGAGGCCGGGUGGUGAAGGAGAGGGCUCGCCGUACGCCACACAAGGCAUAGCCCUCUCAUUCAAUGAUCUGCCGUCCCGAGCACAGCACGUCAUCCUCAAUGAGCUCAUGCAGCAGAACAGCAGGGAUACAGCUGUGUUGUUCACGACGUUGCCUGUGCCCACCGAGGGAACCUGCCAGGAUGAGCCGGCGAGCGUGCAAUACCUUUCGGAUGUCGAGGUCCUGUGCCACGAGCUCCCUCCUACACUCCUGCUCCUGAGUAAUCAUAUGACUGUUACAGUUGGGCUGUAG